AUGAAAACCAAAGCCCUGCAUCAGCCUCCUGUCUUUGAUCUCAAAGACGCCCCCGUGAUCCCGAUGGAACGCAAGGCCCACUUCAGCACGUCCUCACUCAACCGAAAGCCCGAUACGACCAUUAGAAUCAUCGCUGGAGUCUUGAAAGACUUUCCCAAUGUAACAGUAGAUCUAAAAUAUGUUUCUGCAGAGGGACGGGUCCGGGUCUUCCUCCAUCGCCUGGCGUACUCUCACCAGCCCGCUGCUUGACGCUAUAGUCGACGCGAUCCGGCACCUAUAUCGUCACCCGAAUGCAGGCCGCUAAUCGGAAGAUUGAUUCCUGGUCACGCAUCGACUACAUCGUGUUGUUGGAAUAA